GGCUGCGCAUGCACCGCGAUGCAGUCGGUGGAUCCAAAAAAGAAAACUUCCGAAAGCCGAUCGCGGAAUGAAAUUCGCGAAUGCGAGAAAAAUAUUAUAUUCCGAAAAAGCGCUUCGCUACGAGCAUACUCUCGAUCGACGUGGCGAAUGAACCGUCCAAUGGGAUCUCGGCCGCGAUCGCUCGAUAUUUUUCGACGUCGUUCGUUGCAAAUGGAUCAUCCGAGCGGUAAACAAAGGGUAAGGGGAAGCCUGCUCGAUGCGUUGUCGAAGCUUGUCAGAUCGCGACGCCGAGCGACGCAACGGGGUUUCGUCUAUUGCAAGAUACAGCCGACGAUGACGCCGGAGAAGAAGAUCGGCAUUUGUGACUUGAGCGACGUUACUUUACAGGAGAAUUCGGACACCGAGACACAGUGCAAGCGCAAAUUGAGCAAGAAGCCAAAGAGAGUGUUGCAAUUCUCGGACGGCGUAAUGGAGGAAUACUCAUCGGAAGAUGAAGUAGACGCACCAAAGAACAAUAAAUCCAUGUCGCAGAUAGAUACCAAGAAUAUGAAUUGGUUACCAUGGGCAUGGCACCAAACCACAUGGGUCAGCUCAAAGAUGUUAGACGGUUGCGACUAUGUCGGCGAGUGCCUAGCCAACUUCUUCGGCAUAACGGCGCCUAAAUAUCAGUUCGAGAUUAACGAAUAUUAUAGACUACAGGCGCUUGAAAGGAAGACAUUCCUCCAGGAUAUGGAAAUGGGUGGAUGGAGGGAACAAAAUAGGAACAAUCUCAUAAGCAGUGAUUGCAUAUCGAACGAACGCAACUGAUGGUGCUAAGUAUCAAUUUUGCAAAUUGCUACAAAAUCUAUUUUGUUAAUAGCAAUUUUAGAUAGUUUAAGUAAGACGCGUUACACAUUCUACACUCUACAGAAUGCAUUGAUAUAUGUUGAACUGCUAAAAAUAUAAAAUACAUUUUUCAUCGAAAAGAAUAUGGAAUUUGUUACUCUGCGUUUUUAAAGUCUGCUAGCAAAUUUAUGAUAUAUUUCUUUGCAAGAGAAAUCCUAAAGAAAUAGUGUAAAGUUAAUUACUACACAACGGAUGUAUAUAAUAAUAAAGAAGUUUGAGUAAAAAUUAUACAUUUGCGAUACAUAAAAAGAGCAGGAAGAUUUAAUAUAUAAGAAUUAUAGAGCUCUUUCCCUUUUCAUUGAUUUUCCACUAAUUAACGUUAAUGUGUAAGACGAUUGUACAUAUAGUAUAUUAUAUUGUAACGAUGUGAAAACAAUUUUAAGUUAUUGUUCUUCAUAAUAAUUUAUUAAUCGUUAUAGAUCGAUAUUGUUUAUUGCAAGUACUAUACAUAUAUAUGAGUACUAUACCAUAAUUGUAUCAAAUUUAUUAGUAUUAUAAAAAAUAUAUAUUACCUUAUUUUCGCGAAAGGAAUUUCGAAAUCUGCAUUUACAUACAUGUUCAUAGGAAAAUAAAUUGAUAUUUAUG